CAAUAAAACAUGAAGAAGUUAUAGUGCGCACGGAUGACGAAUAACACGCGAUUUGGUUCGCUUGUUUGAAUAAAAUAAAUUAACCGGUAACUUAAUUUUUUUUGCUGCAUGUGUUUGAACCAUUGGUUUGAAGAAACGUACCAGUUUCAGCAGAUAACAUGUCGGCUUUUAUUGCCCACCCUUCUGUAAGGAUCAGGGGUACAGAGCACACCUACAACCCAGUGCUAUGUCAGGAUGACAACUGCUCAGGCAAGGACAAGGGCACACAUACGCACUGCCCUUUCUGCACUGUGGCUGAGGCCUAUCAGGACCCUGUCAUCUUACUGGCUCACUACCGUAUCAAACAUGUUGACAAGGGCAUUGACUUUGCUGGCCUAAUAGUGCUUCGAUGCUGCAACCAUUGUGAGAUUGUGGGCACCAUCAAAGGAGAGAAGAGGUUCAAGGGAGCCCACUGGCACUGCUACCGCUGCCGAAACGGCUUCAACCGCAGAGAUGAGGCUAUUAAACACUAUAAGACCCACUUCCGGAACCCUCACACUACCUUCCAGAUACAGGUCACACAGGAGGUGAAUAGCCGUCAGUAUUAUGACCAGAAUCCGGAGGCCCACCCUAAAGCCUAUGGAGGGCUGGACGUGUGUUCUGGGGCAGCGGGGGGCACAGUGGGGACCAUCGUGGCCCAGCCAGUCCUCAACACUGAGGCCCUUCUCACUGUCGAACGCAAGGACAGUAGCAUGAACAACAGGAUCUUAGUGGUGGGCGAAGGGGAGGUGGGGCCUUCCCAGCAUACCCUGGACCGGACCCAGACACUUGUUCUCAUGGACCCUGAUGGACAAGGGGGCAACCUUAUCUACGAGGAGGCGGCCAGCAUUAUCGCCGAACAGGGCAGGGAGGGCCUGGAGCAGGCCCUGCAGAUGGAGCAGCAUCUGCUGGAGCUCCACCAGCAGAACGAGACCCUGCAGCAGGAGAAGGACGCCAUGGAGAAGAGGCUGAGGGCCGAGAUCCAGAGACUUAAAGAACAGCUGGCCAGUGUGGUGCAGGCCAACGUCAAGAUGUUUGAGGAGCUGAAGCUGUACCGCUCUGCAGAAAACAGCCAGCAGAGAAUCGAUCAGCUGGUGAAGAGUUUGGAGAAGCAACACCGCACUCUCAUCCACACCCAGCUAGCCUCCCUGAGGACAGAGCUACUGCGCCAGGCAGGAACCGCAGCAUCCAUCAACGGCCACUCGGAGCUCACCGUCAGCCUCAUCGGUGAGGAGGCCACUUGCCCUGGGGAGAUGACUCUCCUGAAGGAGGAACCAAGUGAAACAAGAGUAGAGGGGGAGGGAGGAGCAUUGACCAUGGUGGUUGUUCAGAUGGGCCCUGACCCAGGGGACUUGGUAUCAAUAUCGGGUGAUGUAUGUUUGGUGGCUGGGCAGGAGGCGGAAUCAUCGGUUCCUGAGCUGUACAGUGUUGACUCUGGGGCAGAGGGCUUCCAGAAUUCUACUGAAGGCCUUGAAGACAAAGAGGGGGAGGAGCCAUCUUUGUCAAGGAAACGCAGACCCAAAGAGGAACCAGGGGGAGAGAGCGAAGCCAAACUGCAGUGCAUCUGUUGAAACCGUGCUCUUUGUUCAAAUCAAAUAGUUUUUGUCACAUGCGGCGAGUACAACCUUACAGUGAAAUGUUUACUUAGAAGCCCUUAACCAACAAUGCAGUUUACAGAAAAAUACCUAAAAUAUAUUAAUAAAAGUAACAAAUAAUUAAAGAGUAGCAGUAAAAUAACAAUAGCGAGGCUAUAUACAGUGGGUACCGGUACAGAGUC